CGAACAUAGAAAUACAACGCAUAGAACGGUUCACAUACCACUGAGAACCUGCUUUAUUGCGUUGUUUCAACCAGGGAGUUCAUUGGUUGCAUAGGAAGGGUUUGACACAACAAGACAGAGAAGUAGAGAGCCAUCCAAAUAACAAGCAUCAGAAGAAUAUAGCGACCGAAGAGAAGCUGCAAAGUGAAGAGGGGCGAUAAAGAUAAAAGCUUGAUAUAGCUAGAGUUAGCUUAGCGCCCAUGCUGACGUUACUAGCUAGCUACUGUACGUCGCAACGGCCCCACAGAGAACAAGCAAAACAACAUCCAAAGGCGAUAGUCAGAAGGCAGGGUUUACAACUGUAUUUCAAUGCUAUUUUUAAGUAAAAGGAGGUUCGAGCAUGAUGUCCUGCUCUGGUAACCUGGUUUGGGAUGUUAACAAGCGCUCUAUUGGAUAUAAUGAACCGAAUGCUGUCAGGAUCAACUACUUAGGCAGAAGAGAAUUUGUCCAGCGGCUGAAACUCGAAGCGACACUCAAUGUCCACGAUGGCUGUGUCAAUACCAUAUCCUGGAACGAUACAGGGGAGUACAUCCUGUCAGGGUCAGACGAUACCAACCUGGUCAUCACAAACCCAUACAACAGAAAGGUUAAGGCAACCAUACGGUCGGGUCACCGGGCAAACAUCUUCAGUGCUAAGUUCUUGCCCCAGACCAGUGACCAGCAGAUCAUCUCGUGCUCUGGGGAUGGUAUCAUCUACUACACCCACACAGAGAAGAGCCCCGACAUCAACAGGCAGUGCCAGUUCACCUGCCACUACGGCACAGCCUAUGAGAUUAUGACGGUACCCAACGACCCGUACACGUUCCUGUCGUGUGGGGAGGACGGCACCGUGCGCUGGUUUGACUUGCGCAUGAAGACCAGCUGCACUAAAGAGGACUGCAAAGAUGACAUCUUGAUAAACUGUCGGCGGGCGGCGACGUCCAUCUCCAUCUGUCCGCUGGUGCCCUAUUACCUGGCGGUGGGCUGCUCCGACAGCUCAGUACGCAUCUACGACAGACGCAUGCUGGGCACCAGGGCUACGGGUAACUACAUGGGCCGUGGAACGACGGGCAUGUGUGUGCGCUUUGUCCCCGCCCACCUGUCCAACAAGUUAUGUCGCGUGACGUCGCUCUGCUACAGCGGGGACGGACAGGAGGUGCUGGUCAGCUACUCUUCAGACUACAUCUACCUGUUUGACCCCAAAAAUGACCAGGCCCGAGAGCUGAAGGGCCCAUCCGAGGAGAGGAGGGAGGAGCUGCGGCAACCCCCAGUGAAGCGUCUUCGUCUACGAGGUGACUGGUCUGACACUGGACCCCGUGCUCGCCCUGAGAGCGAGAGAGAGCGGGACGGAGAACAGAGCCAGAACGUAUCGCUGAUGCAGAGGAUGUCAGACAUGUUGUCCCGCUGGUUCGAGGAGGCCAGCGAGGCCCAGAGCAGCCGGGGGACCACGCGCUCUCAGACACGCCCAAGAGGCACUCUUCCCCGUAUAGAGGGGGCUCUUACAACACCCACCAUCCCAACGCUCCCUACAAUACCCCCUCCACAACAAGCCAGAUCCCUAGAGGGCUCCAUGGAAACAGAGGCCCCAGCUGUCACCUCUGUACCUGUACCCCUCCCCAAGUCCACCUCAGAGUCAUCGUCAACAGUUACAGCACCUCCUGCGUCAACCUGCUCGUCCAUGGAGGGCUCGGUGCUCCCCUCCUCCCUCACCUCCUCUCUAGACUCAGAACAGAGGAGUCAGGCAGACAUGGCUGUGACACCCACACCCACCACAGAGAUUGCACUGUCUGAUUCUCCCUCAUCUGUGGUUAACAAACAGCUGGGAUCCAUGACUCUGGAUGAGCAGCAGGGAGCAUCAGAAGCUGUGAGUCUGGAGCGAAGUGCUGGAGGGAGUUCAAUCAAGGUGAAAACCCAGUCUGUAUCUGCCAGUGUAGCUGGAACCUCGUUCGGGGCACCCAGUAGCAGUACUGGACCAGGAGGUAGCCGAGCCAGCACAGCAGAACCAGUCCUGAGUUUACACUACAGCACAGAGGGAACCACCACCAGCACCAUCAAACUGGACUUCACUGACGAGUGGAGCAGCAGAGCCUCCAGUUCCAGGGGCAGUGGAGGGCCCAAGCAGUCAGAGGCAGCAGGGGCCGUCCAGACCAGAGAGGGACCCUCGGCAGAGAGCUCUGCUUCAGCGCAGGCAGCUGCGGCUGGUUUAGAGCCCUCAAGCCGGAGCAGGGUUGCUGCUCCCCACACCGACCCAGUGUGUGAGGCUGGGGGUGCCUCCGCCGCCUCUUCCAGCACCCAGAGAUACAUGCCCACCCAGGCCCCAGCACAAGUCUCCUCUGUGGGGGAGAGUUUGACUGCCUCGCCCCUGGAGAGGAGCCAGGGUGUGGGUGCGGAGGACACCUCUGGGGGGUGCAGGAGAGAGCAGCCUGCUGGGGAGGGGGGGCAUGGGGGUCCAACAGGACCAGGGGGGCAGGGGGUUCCAACGGGACCGGGUGGGCAGAGCCAACCCUCCCGUAGCAACCAGGAUUCAGACGACAGUGAUGACGACCCAAUUCUUAUUCCCUCAGCGAGGUACAGAGGAGGACAGGGACAGAGACGCUCUGCUGCGGCCCGUAUCCAGGAGUUGUUUCGUCGGAGGAAGGAGAGGAGAGAGAUGGAGGAGAGCGAGACCCAGAAUAUCAGGAGACCUUCAGUCAAAAUGGUCUACAAGGGACACCGCAACUCCAGGACUAUGAUUAAGGAGUCGUGUUUCUGGGGAAACAACUUUGUGAUGAGCGGUUCAGACUGCGGACACAUCUUCAUCUGGGACAGACACACGGGGGAGCACCUGAUGCUGCUGGAGGCCGACAAUCACGUAGUAAACUGCCUUCAGCCACACCCCUAUGACCCCAUUCUUGCCUCGUCAGGGAUUGACUACGACAUCAAGAUUUGGUCACCUCUGGAGGUGUCGCCAUCGUUUAACAGAGUCCUAGCUGACGAGGUGAUCACGCGUAACGAGUUGAUGCUAGAGGAAACCAGGAACACCAUCACAGUCCCUGCAUCCUUCAUGCUGCGAAUGCUGGCCUCCCUUAAUCACAUAAGAACGGAUCGCUUGGAGGGCGACCGCUCAGAAGGUUCUGGACAGGAGAACGAGGAUGAGCAGUAGCUGCUCAGAUGCCAUUUUAUUUGAAAAAUAAAACAAGAACACUUUUCUUUUGCUCUAAAAAGCACUUGAAGAUCUUGAGAUUUGUACAAGUAUUAUGUAGAAUAUUUCCUUUUCUGAGCAUAAGUUACAUUUGUAGCCCUCUUCUUUUUUAAGACGACUUUCUUACUGGUGUGUCUGUAUGAGAACUGCAUCGAGAAAAAUAACUGUGUGAAUGCAAGCGCAAAGCCAGGCAAUAUAUAUAAAGUGGGGAAUAUUAUUUAGAUGACUGGUGCGUGAGGAUGUUUAAAGUGCAAUAUUAUUUUUGUCAGGAGCAAAUGAGCUUUGAUCAGUGUUACGGUGUGACAUUUCUUAUUUGUAGUGCAAGGCUGAGAACUCAUGUUUAUAUACUGUACUUGCAGUUGUGCAUGUAAACAUAAGAAUUAUGCUUUAAAUAAACCAUGUUGUUGUUGAAAAAUGUCUA